AUGAACAAUCAAAUCAUCCAUUCCCCUAUAUCGCCUUCAGAGAACCUCGAACUGGUCAUUCUCGACGUUGGAUGCGGCACGGGGAUUGUAACAGACUACCUCGCCAAGCGCUAUCCAACGGCCAAGGUCUACGGCUUAGAUCUCUCCCCCGUCCCAGCAUUGCACGAGAGACCACCGAAUGUACAAUUCCUUAGGGGCAAUAUCCUCACCGAUCAGCCGAGCAGUUGGCACGCGUCGGAUGGAUCGAAACCUUUCCAGGGGAAGGAAGAAGAAACGGGGUUGUUUGAUCUGAUCUUCUCGCGAUUGCUGGUGUGCGGGCUGUCGGACUGGGAUGGGUAUAUCUCCACCGCCCAUCAUCUCCUCAAACCCAAUGGAUACCUGGAAAUCCACGACGUAGACUGGACCUGGUACAGAAAUUCGUCUUGUGAUCCUUCCGACAUCGUCUCCAAUACCUGGCCUUGGUGGCGGGAGGUCGUGUCCGCCGGGCAGGCCAAAGGUCUCGAUUGGAGUUGUGGCUCGAAUGCCGGCUCACGCAUGGAGAAGUCUGGCUUUGCGGAUGUCAAGGUGGAGAAGUAUCGAUGGCCGUGGGGAGGGGAGUGGGAGACUGAGGCAGCGUGGAAGGAAUUUGGAAAUUAUGUGCAUUCUGCUUUGACGGGCAUGACGUGGCAUCUGAUUCCGAAAUUGAUGGAAGGACGGGAGGAUGAGGAGGGGAUUGAGAGGUUGCGAGGGGAUAUGGUGCGGGACUUUAGGCCGGAGAAGGGGAAGGUCUGGUGGAUGUAUGUUAGUGUUGGGAGGAAAGGGCGGGUAGGGAGUGAGGAGUGA